AUGACGACCCAAGCCGAUCAGAGCUCUAAGCGCCUGAAUUUGGAGAAGGCGACGAAUUUCAUGAGGCAGUACAGAGACCCCGACUCGAGAGAGUUGAAAAAACUUUCCGCAAACCAAUUCAUGGAAGUUUGGAGCCACUAUGACAAAGACGGAAAUGGAUAUAUUGAAGGAACAGAAUUGGAUGGAUUUUUAAGAGAAUUUGUAUCUAGUGCCAAUGCCACAGACAUAGGUCCAGAGGCCGUAUCUGACGAUAUGCUAGUGGAGCUGAAGGCAUGCUUCAUGGAAGCUUACGAUGAUAACCAAGACGGAAAAAUUGAUAUUCGAGAGCUUGCUCAGUUGCUGCCUAUGGAGGAAAACUUUUUGCUGCUCUUCCGAUUUGACAAUCCUCUGGAGUCGAGCGUUGAGUUUAUGAAGAUCUGGAGGGAGUACGACACCGACGGAAGCGGCUACAUAGAGGCAGACGAAUUAAAGAACUUCCUGAGGGAUCUGCUCAAGGAGGCCAAGAAAAUCAACGACGUCUCCGAGGACAAGCUAAUCGAAUAUACGGACACAAUGUUGCAAGUCUUCGAUUCCAACAAGGACGGACGGCUACAACUUUCCGAAAUGGCAAAGUUGCUACCAGUGAAAGAAAACUUCCUCUGUAGGCAGGUCUUCAAGGGUGCUACAAAACUGACGAAGGAUGAUAUAGAGAGAGUAUUUGCAUUAUACGAUAGGGACAACAAUGGAACGAUAGAAAAUGAAGAAUUAAGAGGAUUCCUCAAAGAUCUCUUAGAAUUAGUCAAAAAAGAUUACGAUGCCCAAGACCUCCUAGACUUCGAAGAAACCAUCCUAAGAGGAGUAGACUACAACCAAGAUGGCAAAAUUAACAAAAAGGAACUAACAAUGAUUCUCCUAGCCAUCGCCAAACAUAAUCAAGAAGAAGACUCAUCAUCAGCAUAAAUUUACCUUUAUCUAAUUGUACUUUAAGAUAAGUUUGAAGUUGCCAAUCUAUCAAAUAACAUAGUGAAAUUUUCAAGAGAUGUGUUAGACUAGAUUUAAUGUUUAGAAUCUACAUGUGACACCAAUGAUGACGAAUAAUUUUAUAGUUGUCCAUUUUAACGAUAUAUAUUGUUGUCCCUUUACCAUUGCAAACGGCGUUACAUUUGAAUAAAAAUUGUCAUAUGAGCUCUGGGUUCAAAUUCAAUCACAAACAGGAAUUUAAAAAUUU